GCUGGUCUCCACCGCCACCUUCGCCCGGGUCGCGCUCAUGAGCGGCGCCCUCAAUGAAUUGGAGUACCCGUCCGGCGGGGGCCGGACCGACUUCCUGACGCAGCCGCCGGUGGCCGAUACCACUGAAAUUUGGAGGCAAAGAACGAGUGAAAACUACUACAAAUGCAUAAACGGAUCAAAUAAUGAAAAAAGAAAUGGCACGGCCACGAAUGGUUAUAUUCUCGUUCAUGCAAACGGCGGACUAAAUCAAAUGAGGACUGGGAUAAGUGAUAUGGUUGCUGUCGCAAAGCUUAUGAAUGCGACUCUGGUUCUUCCCACCCUCGAUCACCAGUCAUUUUGGACAGAUCCCAGUGAUUUCAAAGAUAUCUACGAUUGGGAGCACUUCGUAAGAACCUUGAAAGAUGAUAUCGAAGUGGUGGAGUUGCUGCCCCCAGAGCUUGCCAAUGUGAAGCCCUUUACAAAAGCCCCCGUGUCCUGGUCAAAGUCAAGUUACUACACGAGACAUAUGUCUUCAUUGUUGAAUAAGCACAAGGUGAUGAAGUUCACCCACUCGGACGCUCGCCUAGCUAACAAUGGCCUCUCCAUUUCUAUCCAGAAACUACGAUGUCGAGCCAUGUAUGAGGCUCUUUCGUACACUGACGAAAUAGAAAAUCUAGGAAAGGUGCUGGUGAACAGACUCAGGAACAACACAGAACAUUAUAUGGCUCUCCAUUUAAGAUAUGAGAAGGAUAUGCUGGCUUUCACGGGCUGCACUCACAGUCUAACCUCAUUCGAGGCUAAGGAGCUCCGGGAUCUGAGGUACAAGGUAAGACACUGGAAAGCGAAGAGGAUCAAUGGUGAAGACAAGCGACUCCAAGGAAAAUGCCCGAUGACCCCAAGGGAGGCGGCCGUGUUUCUUGAGGCCCUCGGUUAUCCUUCCACCACAAGAAUCUAUAUAGCUGCAGGGCAGACUUUUGGGCAUGAAGGGUUGGCAGAACUCCAAGCCAAGUAUCCAAAUAUUUACUCUCAUUCAACUCUGGCAACAGAGGAAGAGUUGAAACCUUUCAAGCACCUGCAGAAUCAGCUUGCUGCCUUGGACUAUAUUAUGGCACUUCAGAGUGACGUUUUUGUAUACACCUUUGAUGGGAAUAUGGCAAAGGCGGUUCGUGGCCAUAGGAUCUUCGAAGGUUUCAGGAAAACAAUCAACCCUGACAAGCAAAAUUUUGUGAGAUUGAUUGACGAAAUGGACAAUGGGAAGUUAUCUUGGGAAGAAUUUUCAUCAGAAGUUAAUAGGCUCCAUGCAAAUAGGACAGGAGCACCAGAGCAUAGAAAAGUUGGGCCAUCUUCAAGACAUGAAGAGUACUUCUAUGCAAAUCCUUUUCCUGGUUGUGUUUGUGAAAAGUCCCAAGAUCAAAAGAAGCGCAGGAAAAAGACCUAACACGGGGUAAAAAUGAUCACAGAGACUAAUCUAUGGCUCAUAGA